AUGGAAAAUGACCCAACAAUUAUUUCAGACAUUAUUCAAAAAAUUAAAGAUGAUGUUGUAUUUUAUUCUAAACAAAAGUUUAGUUCAAAUGUAGUUGAAAAGUGUUUGAAAUGUUCAACAGAAAAUGAAAGACAACCAUUACUUGAUAUAUUAUCACAACCUGAAUCUCUUGAUGCAUUAGUUGAAGAUCAAUAUGGAAAUUUUGUCAUUCAAGCAUUCCUUGAUGCUCUUCCAGAAAAGACAAAAGAAGAAAUGGCUCAUCAAAUUAUUCCUCUAAUCCCUUCAAACAGUCAAUUCUCAUAUCAUGUCGAGAAGAAACUUUUACAAUCAUUCACAAAAUAA